AUGGGCCCGCAGCCUGCCGGCCCUAAUGCCACGCCAACCGCUACGCCUACUGCCACGCCUACCGCCACGCCUGCGGCUACGAAGUCGCAACGGCAGAUACCGGUAACUGAUCAGCAGCCAUUCUCCCCAGCGGCUCAACGUGCAGCAACCAUUGAGGGUAUCCAGGCCCGUAUGGCUCGGACCACCUUGCAUCAGGCUGAAGUCGAUCGGCAGUACAAGGAUGAGCUACGCUGGCUGCAGAAGGAGUCGGAACAUCUGAAGACCGAGCUGGAGGUCAGUCGUCGCCGCCGUGCCGAGGCCGACGAAGAAAUUGCUGGUCUAAAGGUGCAGCUGGAGGCGGCCCGCCAGGAGGUGGCUGCGGCACAGGCGGAGGCUGCAGAGGCGCGCGCGCGGGCGGAGGCAGCACGGAAGGACGGCUCGCGAGCGGAGAACGAGCGACUGCGGGGAGAACUCGAGGCUGCGCGGAAGGUUGCAGUGCAGGCCGGUACGGAGGUGGCUGAGGCGCAGCGCGCAGCGGCGGCGGCCGUCAAGGAGCUGCGCGCAAUGCAGGCGGAGAGUGAAGCGCGAAAUGCAAAGCUGGCAGCAGCGGAGGCGUCAGCGCAAUCGGCCGUGGCGGAGGCGGAGGGGCUGCGGCAGCAGGCGCGUGGCGAAGCAGAGGCGAGGAGUUGCGAGCUCAAUGCGGCGCAGCAGCGCCUAUCGGCGGUUUCUGCCGCGCAGGCUGCGGCAGAGGCCGCGGAGGCUGCGGCGCAGCAGCGAGCUGCGGCUACGGCUGCAGAGCUGGAGGAGCUCAAGCAGUCGGUUUCAUCUGCCGCGACGCUGAAGACCAAGCUGGCGGCUGCGGAGUCCGAGCUCUCUGAUCUGCAGGCGCAAUACAGUCGCAUGGUGUUCGAGCACGCCAAGUCGCGUGCGGAGCACGCCGAGAUGAGCGGCAAGAUGGUUAAGGCACAAGAGGAAACGGCACGCUACUUCUCUUACUAUGAGGAGGUGGUUUCGGCGCUGCGACAGCAGCUGGCCGGGCAGAACGUGGAGCCAGUAGCGGUUCCGGAGCCGCCACCUCUGCCGUCCUUUCAGCAGCAUUAUAAAAGGCUGCAGCGUCAUCUCUCUUGCUCCCUGCCCCGCUACUAUGGUCCUAUCGCUCUGAGGCCCCUUCCAGGCAAGGGUCGGGGCCUGGUGGCGCUGAGGGAUCUCGUCCCCGGGGAACUGGUGAUGGUGUCACUGCCCGUAGCGGUGGUGUUCUCCGACAGCGGCAGCAGCGGGGAGGGGGAAAGUGGUGAUGGUGAUGGUGGUGAUGGUAGGGGCCCGGGGGAGCCUCCCUCCCUGGAGAGCCUUGCGGAGGCCAUCAUAGGGGGCCCGUUGACGCCGUCACAGCGUCUGCUGCUCCAGCUGUCGUUUGAUGGGACCUCUGACAGCUUGGAGGCCUGUCCCAGUCUGGCCGAUCUCCAUGCAGCACUACAGCGCUUGGAGGGGCUACAGCCCGUUGCACUUCGGGAAGGCGUCCCCGCUCGGGCUACUGUUACUGCUGAUGGUGAUGCUGUCGGUGGUGCCAACACGGGCAGGGAGAUGAAUUCGGGUUCGGCCGGUGCGGCUGAUGGUCGGUGCGGUGGGGAGGAGGACAUGUCGCCGGAACGGGUGAUGCGACUGUUGCUGCUGAACUGCUUCUCGGAAUCCACCAUGGACCCCGCAGCGGCGUUACAGCCACAGCUACAGCCACAGCAACCGGUUGCGCGACAGCCCUCAAACGCAGGGGAUUACCACCAACAGCAGCAGCAGCAUCACUUGGGACACAUGGACGGCUCGGUGGCUGAGCUGUCCGCUCUGCCGUUCCUGCGGCUGCUGCAGCUGGGUCCGGAGGCGGAGGUGUCGAGGGCCCGCGAUGCGGCUGGUGGGGUGGCAGCACACCGCCCCGAGGCCCCCUCGAGGUGCCAGGGGUCUGACGAGGGUCGGGGCCCGGGCACCAGGUCGCCCGCUGACCACCCCCUCACCUCGGCCCAAGGAGUCGGCCCUCCCAUCACCGGUUGUCUUCAAGUUGCCGGUGGUGGCAAAGGUAGUGGCGGCGGUUGCGUCGAGUUCGGUGUCGGCGCUGUUUCCGGUAGUCGUUGGCGCCACCGCCCAGGCCACACGGGGUUGUGGACGGAGCACGCGCUGAUGAACCACAGCUGUGUGCCGAAUGUGUGCACCUACGUGCUGGGGGAGGCCAUGUUGGUCCGAGUGUCUCGGCCCGUCCAGGGGGGGGAGGAGGUACGCCGCAAGGCCCUGUACGACCAGUACGGCUUCACGUGCUGUUGCCCUCGCUGCCGCCUGGAGGAAGAGUUGCUGGCCAAGUCAGGGGCGGGCGCCAGGCUGGCGGCGGCGUGGAAGUUGGUGGAGACGCGAAUAGAGCCGCUGGCGGUACGGCUGAUGCGGCGGGUUGCGGCGGAGGCGGAGCGCAGGGCCCGGCAGCGAGGCGGGGCGCUGGCGGGUGCGGGUGAUCGUGGGCAGUUGUCUGUAAUGAGUGAAAUGGCCGGUCGGGACGGGUUGGGCGGAGGGCUGGGAUGGGGUCAGGAGCGAGGAGGCGGUGAUGAGGGCGGAGAAGCUGAUAUGGGAGCGAGGGGCGAGGAAGAUGAAGAUGAGGACGCCGCAGCGGACGAGGGGUUAGCAGACGGGGCAGGCGAGGAAGAGGAAGAGGGAGAGGAAGAAGGUGCGGCAGAUGCUCGGAUUUGGGCGGAGGGCAUUCUCGGUGGUGCCCUGCCCUCGGCUGAUGGGUUGGGGCCCCGUCUGGAGGCGGCGGACGGCUGGGGCGAGGGGAGUACGGCGCUGACGCAGCUGGGCCGCCUGGCCGGGGCCCUCUCGGAGCUGUGGACGGCUGCGGAGGCGGAGGUGGCGGCUGCACUAGGUGGGGCCCCCUUCAAAGGCGCGCUGCUAGACAGGAACGGUAGCGGCAGCGAUGCCGCCCAGGGCUGGGCGAUGUUCUGUCUGAGCGGGGCUCUGGACCUGGAGGUCGGCUGCCGCCGGGUGGUCGUCAUGGCUGCGGAGACGGAGGCGGCCGAGGCGGCGGAAACGGAAGGGGUGGUGCGAAGUCGGCAGGAGGGAUGCGGGGAAAGUGGUAGCCGUGGGCAUGGGAAGCUCGCGGACCUUAGCCCCCGGGGGCCCCACUCGGGGUUGCAGCGGCAGAAACAGCAGCUCGCGGCACGGAGGUUGCGGCUGGUGAAGCUGGCGGCGGCAGUGGUGGGCGGUACGGCAUUCCACGUGGACGCUGCGGUGGAGGACUGGGCGGCACGCGCCGCCGCGGCUGAGGAGCUGUGGGCGACCCGUGGGUCUGUCAGUGAUGAGCUGCGGCACGCGCUCACGUGCAGGUACGGCAGGCUUUCCCCCGGGCCCUCCAACAUACUGGACAUCCGGGGGGCUGCUUCCGUUGCUGCUGUUGAUGAGGGGUUGUCGCGGUUAGUGGGUGGUAGUGGUGAUGGCGAUGCUGAUGGCGAGGGGGGGGCGGCAGCAAUGGUAUUGGCUCGGCUGUGGCUGGAGCUGGGGUCCUAG